UGUGUAUAAAAGGUGUGUGUUACAACAGAUGCACAUACUCACCGCUCACUGCCAGCAAUGGAAACCUCUUCAGUCCUCCUUGUGUGCAUCCUGGUCACAUGUUCUGUCUGGACAGUCCAUGGGAGAAACUUAAAGGUCAAGACUGAUGAUCAGGUGGACGUCCAAACCUCUGUGGAGGCCGGCAGGCUUCCAGGUGUGUGCUGGGCGUGCAAGUGGGCUUUAGGUAAGGUGAAGAAAGUCUUGGGACCGAACGCCACUGCAGAGAACACGACUCCAAAGCUGUUGGCCGUCUGCAACGAAAUCGGCCUCCUGAAAGCUUUGUGCCGCAAAUUUGUGAAGAACCACCUCGGGGUAUUAAUCGAGGAGCUCACCACCACUGAUGAUGUGAGGACAAUCUGUGUCAACGCUGGAGCCUGCAAGCCGAAGGAGAUGUUGGACCUGCUCUUUUAUUCAAGCGGUGAGGAUUCACAAACUGAAAUGAACGAAUAUGCCUGGGGUUGAAUGCACAGAUAAUAACCAAACUGCCCUUGAUUGACAAGAAAAACGGAACUGCACACUCAGCACAUACGAAUACGAUCAACGAGCGCUUUCACCUUUCUUUUUGUCACUGCAUUCACUUUGCAAUUUCCCUUGUGCCUUUAUUUACUCUGCAAUUCCUCUGAUGUUCAUUUUUAUUGCGUAUCUGUGCAUUAAUGAUCAAUAAACAUUUGCAUUUCAAAUCUUA